AUGAAACACCAUUCGCAGAUAAUAGCAACAACAAUAUCGGCCCUCCUCGUCGAGCUCUCUCACGCGGCAUCAGCAGCAACGAACUCGACAUUCCCCAAACGCGGCCUCUGCUACAUCUCGACCGACCACUCACAAUCGGACUCGCGCAUCUUCACCACGCCCAACUCGCCGUUGACGUGGUACUACAACUACAGUCCGUGGCCGGGGCCCGCGGGCGCGCUGGUGCAAUGGAGCGGGGAGUUCGUGCCCAUGGUGCACUCGGCCAGCGACGCCGCGGCGUCGGUCGAGACCAUCAAAGCCGUCCUGAACGGCAGCGCGGGGAUUCCCAUUGCGAGGGGCAAUUCCGGGGGGAACAGAAUCGAGCGCGUCCUCGCCUUCAACGAGCCGGACGGCGACACCUCGUCCGGCGGGACCGACUCGUCGCCCGAGCACGCCGCGCAGGUCUACAUUGACAGCAUCCUGCCGCUGCGCGACCCGCCGUACAACCUGCAAGUCUCCCUGCCCGCGACGACCGGCUCGCCCCGCGGCCUGGACUGGCUGCGCUCGUUCAACGCGUCGUGCUUCAAGCUGCGGCCGCAGGGGGGCUGCCCGUCCGACUUCGUCGCCGCGCACUGGUACGGCGACCUUGCGGGGCUGGCCUCGUGGCUGGGCACGCUUCACGCCUUGCACCCGGCGAAACCGAUCUGGGUGACCGAGUUCGCGAUCCCCUCGGCGCCCGCCGACCAGACAAUGUCCUUCCUGAACGAAUCCCUCGCCUACCUGGACGGGCUGGGCUCGGUGGCGCGGUACGCAUGGUUCGGGGCGUUUCGGAGCGAUGACGCCAACGAGUGGACUGGCGACGCCGUCAGUCUGUUCGACCGACACGGCAGAUUGACCGAGCUGGGCGCCGAGUAUUUGGGCGGCGCGAGGGAUGGGUUCAGCGAGGGCGAGAGCGCCAGGAGUAAUAGUGGCCCCGGUGGGCUUUCAGCUCCUAACAGUAUGUCGUGGAACGCGCGCCCGGUGCUAAGCGCUUCGCUCGCCGCAACCAUCAGCUGGCUGUGGCUGCAGUAA